AUGAGCAAUUUAACCAAUAGACAUCAUAUUCGCCAAGGAGAUCCACGGCGGAUGCAGUCAGGAUCACUGAAAAACAGUUCAAGUAAAGAGACCUCCUUUCGCUCUUUUGAUGAUGACUUUGAUGAUUUUCAAGCAAGCUCGAAAGUACCACCUUCUGUCAUGAGCUCCAAAAGAAAGCGUCCAAGCGAGAAUGCGGAAUCACAGAGGCAUGGCAGUCGGCUGCAACUCUCAGAAAGCCAUACAGAAACAAAGAAGAACACAAAAUUGGAGAGCGACUACAAGCCGUCAACGCCAAAGACCAAAUCAUUAAAGCUUUCCACGUCGUCUUCGCAUAUGUCUGAGUUACCGACAACCAAGGUACCGUCCUCAAGCGGCAAUGUUCGAGCAUUAUCCUACCUCAAGAAAAAGUCCAUGGGGUCUUUAGCAAGUGCUAGUCAGGAGCAAACAAAAGAUCUGUUUGCUGCAUCACUCCCACGCAAAGUCAAGCCAUUAAAUCCCUUUGGAGUUUCAACAACUAUACGCACAGAUGUCCUCAGUCUACCGAAGCCUAGGAAAAGCCGUCGUAGAAAGGAAAAUGAAUCGUUGAAAAGUAUUGAUGAAAUCAAGGCAAGACUGACCAGUGUUUCAGCCUUGGAUCACACAUCAGACAACGCGAAUACUCUAAAAUGCCCGUAUUGUCACCAAGUCCUUGAGAAGCCCUUGUCUAAAUCACUGGAGGAUGCGUUAGCUAAAGUUCUCGCAACAGAUGAUGAUGCUGAACAGCAGGCAGUGGAUGAAUUGGCUAACAACGACAGCUCAGCACCCAAUGUGGAUGAAUCUCAGACAUCAUCAAUGCAAUUACUUAUACGACCACGAUAUUCCAAAAAUCGAGUUUCAGCUUCCAACAGAGAGAGAUAUCUUUUUUGCCGAAUGCACAAGAAGGAACAGAUUAUGAUCCCACAAGGCAUUCAAAAAGGCUAUUACAUGAAUAUAAACUUUGACGAAUUGGAGGAGCGGAUUUUUUUAUUUAUGGACGAGAUGGAAGACAUUAUCAAUGGAAAGAUAUCAAGCGUAUUUCAUCAAAAUGUUAUGGCAGCUUAUGAAGAGUUUGGCAAGAACAAAGCGCGGAGCACGCUCAAGGUUUUGGAACGCUUCGAGUCCACUCUGCCCGGAUAUUAUGGUGCAGAGGGUUCACAUCGGAUCAUGAAAGUGCUGUCGACGCUACUAAUCGAGUCUGGAAAGUUGACACCAGCGAAGUCUUCCCCUCAAGACCCUAUAGAAUACUUACAGCAAGUUCUGGUUCCUGAGUGUGGCCGACGGCUUAUUAAACAAGACAUUCAAUCUGGCAGAACUCGCACUCCUACUGGUGUUGACGAUGAUACUUUGGCGACUGCCACAGCGAUCAUGCAUGAGAGCGCUGAGUUUGGAAACUUAAUCUAUCCACACGCUGAUGAUGAGAUCGAGGACGACAACAGACCUAAUAGAAAGCCAUCCAUUACAGAAGACGUCGAGGAAUCCAAAUUCAGUCAUUUCUUUGAUGAGCAGAGCAAUUCAGAUGGCGCAGAAAGUGAAGACGAUGAUGGGAAAAAUGCAGCACUAUUCAACGAUGCCGACUAG